GGCGUGGUUUUCGCUUGUGAAUCCGGGUCAAUGAAGAGGAAGAAGCACGUGUUCUGUUACUCGGACAGGAAAAAAAGAAACAUCUAGAAUUGGAAGUUGCUGGUCGGGUAACUGCUAGCGUUUGUGAAUCACAGAGGUGUUUUGGCAAAGUAAUUUCAAACGUUUAACCAUGUCGGUUAUCGGAGAGGAAGAGGUCCGGGGAUCGAAAGCGAUUUUUAAGGAGAUCAGUGCUGACGACGAAGAUCAACAACCUACCGUUAUAGAGAGCCUUUGUAUGAGCUGCUUUGAGAAUGGGACCACGCGCCUCCUGCUGACUAAGAUCCCCUUCUUCAAGGAGAUCAUAAUCAGCUCCUUCACCUGUGACAGCUGCGGUGGAUCCAACACAGAGAUCCAGUCAGCAGGGAAGAUCCAGGAGCAGGGAGUCGUCUACACCCUGGCCAUCAAGACCAAGCAGGACAUGAACCGAGAGGUUAUAAAAUCAGACAGCGCCACAACCAGAAUCCCAGAGCUGGACUUCGAAAUUCCACCCUUCACGCAGAAAGGAUCUCUGUCCACUGUAGAGGGGCUGAUUGACAGAGCGGUGUCUGGACUGGAGCAGGACCAGGCUGUCAGGAAGGCGACAGCUCCUGAAGUUGCUGCAAAGAUCGAGGAGUUCGUUGAGAAAUUGAUCAAGCUGAAAGAUGUGGAGACGCCGUUCACGCUGAUCAUCGACGACUCUUCUGGGAACAGCUUUGUUGAGAACCCCUUCGCUCCUCAGAGAGACGAGGCACUGACGGUCACUCACUACAAGCGAACCACACAGCAAGACAUUCAGCUGGGGUUGAAGGCUGAUGAUGAUGAUGAAGAGGAGGAGGAGCAGGUGGAAGAGAAGCCCGGGAGCACCAUUGAGGACAUGAGAAAUGAAGUACUGCAGUUUAACACCAACUGCCCAGAAUGCAACGCUCCCGCUUCUACGAACAUGAAGCUUGUGCAAAUCCCUCAUUUCAAGGAGGUGAUCAUCAUGGCAACCAACUGUGACUCCUGUGGGCAUCGGACCAAUGAGGUGAAAUCUGGAGGAGCCACUGAGAAACAGGGGACCAAGAUAACCCUGCACAUCACUGACCCUUCAGACAUGACCAGAGAUCUCCUCAAGUCAGAGACGUGCAGCAUUCUCAUCCCAGAGCUGGAGUUCGAGUUGGGGAUGGCUGCAGUGGGAGGCAAGUUCACCACUCUGGAGGGACUGCUCAAAGACAUCAAACACCUGAUUGUUUCCAAAAACCCAUUCACCCUCGGAGACAGCUCCAACCCAGACCUGGCUGGAAAACUGCAGCUCUUUGGCAAGAAGAUCGACCAGAUCAUUGCCCUAGAGCUGGAUGCGCACAUUGUCCUGGAUGACCCUGCAGGGAGCAGCUACCUUCAGAAUGUAUAUGCCCCUGAUCCAGACCCCGAGAUGAAGACAGAACAUUACGAGCGCACCUUUGAACAGAAUGAGGAUCUGGGACUGAACGAUAUGAAAACAGAGGGGUACCUCGAGGGGCAGAGUGCUGACCGAUAGCAACACAGAAACUAAACAAAGGAGACUGAGAAGGGGAGGGAUGAGCUGGAUAUGUUUUUGACUUGUAAAAAAAAAAAAAAAAAAUGCUUUAGCAAGAUGUUCAGAAAGAAAAUGGCAGUGUGUUUAUUUAAAGGUAACCAUGUCAAGUCUUUGUUAAUCUGGCAAAAUACCAGCACACUGUCCCCCCCCUCUAACGUUUUGAAUUUGGUUCGCUCCGUUCUGGAUGUAAUAUUCAGCAUGGCGGUGAGAGGGAGAGCCAAGCCCACAGGAACUCUCAGCACCUCUUUCUAUAAACUUUGCUGGGUGGUGGGUGUGGUCAAUGACGUCUGCAGUGCUGAAAUGGGGAAUUAGUUUCUUAACUAAUACAGUUCAGUGAUUUAAAUAAGUGUUGGUAAAAAUACCAGUAAACGUGGAUGUGCUUGGCAAUGCUACAGUAGGAACUGGCACUGUUAAUGUGAUUGAAUCCAGUGCUGCAUUGUAUCUCUCAUCCUUUCAUAUAUGUAUUUGUUGGUAAAUUAAGUUAUUUGAGCCUAUACAGAGUACAAUAUUGCGGCUACUGUAGAACACAUAGCCCAAGGGAAAAUGGAGAAUUCCCAGUAUUUAUUUUUUGCUAUUGGAGUUUACACUCAAACUGGCUUGUAAUUUUUAAGUAAUUCAGAUUAUUUUGACUUCAUAAUUAUUGUACGAAUUACCUUUUUUUCCCCCCUCCUAACAAGUCAAGAAACUGAACAGUCAUUUCAUUUUAAAAAUAAGUUAUGUAAAAAUAAAAAAAUAAAAUAAAUUGUCAAUAUUGUAUUCAAUAUUUCAGUGCUGCAAUAAGCUUCAGAAAUACUCAUGUCUGGCUCUGGUGUGACAGGACUCGACAGAAUAAAAAAGCACUCGGGUGUGUAAACGGGCGUGCAGUUUAUUCAUUGUAACAGUUUGGAACUGAUCCCAACACUACUGACAGGCCAAAGGUUGGAAUAAAAACAUUAAUGUAUCAGAUGAAUGCGUGCUCGACGCCUGUUACCGCUACACACAUGACAUGAACAUAGAAUGUUUCAUAUUUAUUCUGCGUGCAUCAUUUUUUUCUUAAAUGGUAUAUCAUUUUUAAAACAUUUCUUUUCAGCGUCUUCAGUACAAAAAAACGG